CACCACCACCGAGUGGAGGCUUCCGCUGGCCUAGAGCGGACCGGAAGGGCAGGCGGGGCGGGGCGUCGCCAUGGCGGCCUAGGGCCGAGGCGGCCAGCCGGCAGCGCCGACAGGGACCGAGAUGCAGCGCUGAGGCGGGAGGAUGAUCUCGCGAUACACACGGAAGCCGGUGGCCCCCGACGCCCAGGGGAUGUGAGUGGCCUUUCCUUGCUGGCGUCGCGACCCUGAGGCGCCUUCCGUCCGGGCGGGGGACCCUUCCGACUCCCCGACGGCGACCCUGCCGCCGCGGCCUGGUGGGGCGUCCCGGAGGAGACGGAGGCCUCGGGAGGGGGCGGGUCCGGGCUGUAUCUUUCCGGAGUGCCUCGGGGGAAAGCGGGCUCCCCUGACGGGAUGCCCUCGAGCCCACCAAAACAGGCCCCUCCACGUGGAAAGCCGCCUUGCUGGAGAGAAAGGUCCCAGCCUAACUUUCACCCUGUUUUCUAGGCUCAGAGCAGGCAUAGGCAAACCCGGCCCUCCAGAUGUUUUGGGACUACAACUCCCAUCAUCCCUAGCUAACAGGACCAGUGGUCAGGGAUGAUGGGAUUGUAGUCCCAAAACAUCUGGAGGGCUGAGUUUGCCUAUGCGUGGCUUGAGUGUUGUUGUUUUUUUCAUUGGUGGAGGAACAAUCUGUCAUACUAACCCACAGGAGUUGAUUUACCACCUCCCUGAAAACCAAGGCUGAGAUAACAGCGAUAUCAAUAAAAUCUUGCCACUGCUACCACCUAGGGCAGAGCUUCCCAAACUUUCUGCUUUGGAGACAGGCAUCAUUUCACAACACAGUAAUUCAGCUUUACAGUGGUACCUUGGUUCUCAAAACUGGUAAAUCCAUUCCGGAAGUCUGUUCCAAAACCAAGGCGCGCUUUCCCAUACAGUAGAAAGUAAUGCAGAAUGGAUUAAUCCGUUCCAGGCUUUGAAAAACAACCCCUAAAACAGCAAUUUAACAUGAAUUUUACUAUCAAACGAGACCAUUGAUCCAUAAAAUGAAAGCAAUAAAGACUGUACUGUAGUCACACAAUCAGUCAGUACCUGAGCUGGGUUUCACACAGUCACAAAAACAAAACAAAAAAGCCGCAAAGCAAAAACACAAAAUAAAUAGCAAAAACAGAUAGACCUCAGUGUAACACUCAAAUUGUCAGUGUAAUGCUCAAAAUGGAAGUGUGGCCCUCAAGCAGAAGUGUAACGUGCUACAGAACCAAUCAAUGUCAUACGAAAACCUUUUGCGUUCUUCUGGUGUGACAGGCUUGAAUGUAUAUUUUAAAAACUUAACAUAUUUAUGUUAAUAAGAAACAGUUCCCAACAAUUUUUAAUGCUGAUUGCUUGUUGAUAAGAAGACAUUAAAGUCACUGUUAGAGGCUGUAAUUUAUUUCCACUGAAGGUAAACGGAGUUUCCGUGCGCUGCUCUGGUUCGCCAUAAGCGGCUUAGUCAUGCUGGCCACAUGACCCGGAGGCUGUACGCCGGCUCUCUUGGCCAAUAAAGUGAGAUGAGCGCUGCAACCCCAGAGUUGGACACGACUGGACCUAAUGGUCAGGGGUCCCUUUACCUUUACUUGAAUCACAUUUUUACUUUUCUUCCCCCGCUCUUUUUUUAGCCGAGGACUUACAAAAAGUUCCUUAGAACAUCAUCCCCUGCCAGACUCACUGGAUGACAGUUAUCCAUCUACUGAAAGUCAGGAAGACAUUUCAAGGUAUUCAGAUAGUGUAAAUAUUUUUGGGGGGAGGUUUGUGAGAAGAGGUUGGAAAAUACAUUUCUGUUGACUGCUUUCAUUUUUCAUUCCUAUGGCUAUUUCCCCCUCCACUUUUAGUAGGUCUGGGACACUUGUUAAACAUCCAGUCAAAUAGUGACUGUCUGUUGUUUGGUCAUGGUCAAAUGUUAAUCCUAUGAAGCCAGCAAUGCCUUUUUGGAAAGGCGUAACCUAUUGCUUUAAUUUGCAACAUGGUGUCAUCAGAUACCAAAGGCAAGAGAUAGUCUUUCUCUCUCCUUUUUUUAAUUACAAACUUUAUUGAAAAUAAAUAAAGUCAUUCUUUUUUCCAGUGUUCUAGAAUGGGGACAUGGUAAUACACGGAAACCCCAUUUAAGAAGAUCAUAGCUGCUUUUAAAAUUUUCUUGCACUAGAUCAUAGCUGCUUUUAAAAACAAGUCUUUAUUUUCUAGUUGAUAUGCAUGUUUCAUUUUUAGUUGUAUAAUUGCAACUUGGGGCUCCAGAAACAACAACUGUUCUUAAGUAUUGUUCACAUACAUUGAUGUUUAAAUAAUGUUGUUAGAAACAAUAUAAUGUGAUUUCAUUGUUACCAAUCUUCAUUUCAUGAUGUUUAUAUAAUAUUGUUAGUUACAAUAUAAUUUGAUUUCAUUGUUACUAAACUUCAUUUGGUGGUGUAACUUUAGCUUCCUUCUUCAGUCCAGUAGUAAUAAAUUGGACUAAAACAUAUUUUAUCGUUAGCAGAACUUCAUAUGUGUGUCUAUUUUAUGGUACCUUUAACGUGUAGCCACAGAAUUACAUUAUUUGAAAGAUAUCUUCCCCACUAGAAUCUAAACUGUUCCCCAUAUACUUCCUAUUCACUUUGGAAAGCUUAACUCAUAUGACUUUUCUUAUAUUAAGAUUCCAUUUCUCUCUUCUCUCUCCACUCUCCCUGUACAUUUUAGUGAGUCUGAAAGUACAAAAGAUUCAAACUACCAAUCUGUCACUUCAGUAGACGAUGGAAACUCAUGGUCAGCUAGUCAGAGCUUCACAGGCACCUCUACAGAAGACAGCUCAGUCUUUUCUUGGGGCUAUGAUGUGAGUAGAUUAUAAUCCUUCAGUUAAAAUGAGAAUAAUCCUUUGAAAAAUAUUAUUGAUAAGUUUAGACCUCUGUCCUUCACAUAAUUUCGCACAUUGGUCCUAACAAAUACUCUUAUGAGUCAGUAGGCAGGCCGGUACAAGCUUUGACAUAUUUCAGUUACACUCAUGCACAUGUUUUUUUUGCAGUGAAUGCUGCAAAAAUAUUGUAGUCCUAAUAGAGUUGUGUGUAUUCAUUCUUGGAAGUUGGUUCAGAAUUCAGCAUCCUUAAGAACAGUCUUUAUCUUAAAAAUAUUUGCAGGUUUCAGAGUCCAAUAACUUUAGGUUUCUGAUAAAAAUUAUUAUUGUAGUUCCUCUUUAGAAGUCAGUGACCCUGUUUUGGAUAAUUUAACAAACAAGAUCCUUCGAAAAUUAGAAUUGCAAUCUGGCGCAUUGUUUCAAAUACUUAAAUCAUCUUAUUACCUGGAUUGUACCUGGGGCUCAAGAACUCCAUCUCUUAUCUGAUCCUUCCCCAUUCCUCCCUCUUCUGCUCUUCAUCUUUGUUAGUUUUGUUAUUGUAUUGCCGAUUAAAAUGUAAAAAGUUUCUUGCAAAUCAAUCAGUAAAACUUUCAUGGCUUAGGACAAUACUCAAGUCUGACAUAUUACUAUUUUAAAUAAACCUUGGAAACAAAUGACAUUCAAAUUUAAGCCAUCCUGAUAAGAUUCUAGAAGACUUGGGUCCCAUCCUAUAGCAAUGUACUUGGUGCAGCCCCUUUCCCUUUUGGCCUUGAACUACAUUUUGAGUUGUAUUAGCAAUUCUUCAUUCAGCUUACUCAUUUAUUCUUUCCUAGUGGGCCCUGCAACAAAGAGUGCUUCUAUUCAGUGUGUCAGUCAUAACAUCCCAAUAUCUUUGUUUAUGUAUUUAUUUUUUAAAAAUAGAUAGAUAUUCCAUUGUUUCUCCCUCCUAGGUUUCCUUAGGGAAAAAACACACUCUUAGCACACAGUCAGUAUUCUCUGGCCACUGAGCAUAUGACCUGGAUUUAAAGCUUUGAGUAUCCCCCGAGGACCCCUUAACCCUUCAGGCGUGGUGCCUGGAGGAGGCAUGGUGAAAAAUGAAUUCUAAAUCCCCCCAUCUCUUCUCAUGCGAGUGUGUGCUACAAGGUUAAUUUUAUAUUUGCUUUACGAAGAAAGUCCUGAGUAUCCUGCUAAAUUGUGAAACUAGCUAGUUAGUCCACAUAAUACCCUAAAGAUGUAAUUUUGUUUCCUAUUUUUAUUUCUUCCCUAAUUUCUGUUCAGGAAUUUGAUAAAGCUGCCACGCGGCAAGUACAACAAAUAUUUAGAUAUAUUGAUGAGCUCUUGUAUGAACAGAAAACAAGCAUGUAUGUUGAAGGCCUAGAGGAGGAGUGCCAACAAUGGAUGUCAAGCUUUCCCCAUCUCAGGUAUUUUCAUGAUGUGUUAGUGAUGUAUUUCACAGUACUAGAAAACAGCACAAAGCUGUACUUUUCAGCUUCUUCACGACUGCUGUAGAGGCUCAGUUUUUGUUCUAAAUGUGCCGCCCUCUCUGCUCUUGUUCCUGAGUGAAUCAUUAUGGACCAACACAGUGGCUGAUUCCGCUGUUUCUUUCCAAAUCUCUUCUUUGAUGCUGAAUGACUCAACUGUAAGAAGUGCUUUGUUGGAACAUACUAACAUAAUGUUGCAGGAGAUGAUAAUUUUAUCUUGAUGUUGCAAAGUAAGUGCUCUUCAAGAGUAGUUGUUGCUUGCACCGUCCUUCCCUCACAAGUAAAUUCCUUCCUUGAGUUGUAGGUUUUGUAUACCUGCUGAAUGCUUUAGGUCUUGUUUUGUGGAUUAGGCAUACUUUGCCAGUUUCUCCAAAGCCAUUUGUAAUUUUAAAAAUAAUUCUCUCUUUAAUAUCAGGAUUGUAGGGAAACAGGUAGUGAUUCCCACAGACGAAGGUUAUGGCUGGUACUUGAGUUCAACUUGCAGCACCUUAGGUUCAUCAGAUAUGACCCCAUCACUAGAGAAAGAUCCGAGUGAGUAAGUAUCAGUGAUCUCUAAUUCUGCAGAAGUGUUCCAUUAUCAAUGAAUGAUUGGCAGAGCAAACCUACUGGGGCAAGGUAUGGGGAAUGUUUGUGGUGAGCUUUCACCUUUUGAGCUUUUUUUUUUAAAGCUCCCCACCCCACAUUUUGCAUCAAGGAGGCCUCGGGGAGGUGGACCUCAUGUCCCACUCAUGAAGCUUCUGUGAAGAGGGAAACCUGCUAAAUCCUAUCACCCUUUGAAUGCUUUCCCCUCGCCCCGCCCCUGCAGGACCAUGGGAUUGCACUUUAGGACUGCAGUCUAUACACUUUACCUUAUAUACUUUUACACUUAUAUACAUACAUGGGAUUGCACCGUCAGCUGCUGUCAGAUGAAGCAUAAAAUGACUUUUAAAAAAUAGCAUCACUAUAACCACCUUAUUUUCAUUGGAAGAAGAAAUUAGUCUUCUUUGUAACUAUUUUUGUUUAUGAAAUGUAUUUGCCGUUCAGAACAAACCAUGCUUUUUGAAUGUAGCUAUAGCAUCGGUAAUAUAUUGCAAGCAGCGUUAAUACGUUUCAGAUAUUGUCCACAUGCCUAGCAAACACUGGUGUAAUUGGCUAGGAUUCAAAGAAGUGAGCAAAUGGAGACUUUACUAUUGUUUCCUUAGACAUCUGCCCUCCAUGCCAUAUGGCAAACUGCUUCUGAAACUUGGUGAGCUUCAGUAGCUGUUUAUGAUAUCAUAUAGGAUUCGUCAUUUCAAGGGGGGCGGCUUUAUAGUAAGGAUAGCUUGUAUGGUAUUGGUAGGAUGGUAGUUGAUCCCAUGUCAGAAGGUGAUCACAUACCAAGUAUAAUAAAGGAAUUAAAUGAAUGUCUAAACAAUCUUAGCAUUCUACUGCUAGUUGUACUAGCUCCUACAAUGUCAGAGGGCUCAUAAGAUAAUUUCUCCACAACUACUUUCUGGAAUAUUUAAGAAAACUGUUUCUGAGAUUAUUUAUUUACUCUUAGUGCUUAAAAAGAAGAGAGUGGGUAUAAUUGCAUUCAGGAUAAUUAGGUCUGUUUUUUGGGUUUGUUGUCUAAAAUGAAAUAAGUCAACUCAAAAGCCUAACAUCAUCAUCAUCAUUAUUAUUAAAACUGAAUAAUUUUUCCAGCUUUCAUUUUAUGGUUGGGUUUUGAUAUUUGUCCAUUGCUGUUGGGAGAGCUUAAGAGCCUCCAUGGGUGAGCGGGAAAAUCUGCCCAUGUCACCAAUACCAUAACUGUACCAUUGAGAUAUAAAAGUAAUCCUUCUUGUUUACUGCCGUUUUUUUCAGGUUUAGUAUUUUGGGCAAAAAGGUUCCUCUUUCUGUUACUCCUAUAUGUAAAGAAGACAACAUUUCAGAACCACCUGAAUUGUGUUUAUUGGAGAGUGAAGAAGGAGACGGUGGAGUGAUUGUCUCUGAAGGUGUAAUGGAGGAAUAUUUAGCAUUUGAUCGCAGAGAUGUGUAGGUAUUGAAUAUUUGUUUAACCUAGUCUGCACUGAUAUUUGCUCCUAGUGACUUGGAAUUAAUUGCUAAAAUGUAAUUUGUUCCUAACAGUAGAAAAUAAUAAAUCACACAGUGAUUUUGUUGUUGUUGUUCUUCCACUGAAAUAAUACCGUAGUUUUGUAAAUCCUCGUCGGUGGUGCCACACUAUAGAUUUGGUGAUUGUCUCACUAAAUAGCUGUUGAGUUUAAAAUUGCAACUUUAUUCCUCCCCAGCAUCAUGAUGUUGUUCUUAAUGCUGAUUAUCAUGCAAUGCAUAUAGUACUAGGUGGGCAAGUUGCUGAAUGGCAGAGGACACACUGGAAACUUGUGAGCCAAAGGACCUGAACUCAAGCUGCACAUUUUAUUUAUGUCUCAUUUGAAUAAAAUGUCUAUUAACAUGGUAGAUCCAAUGCCGUUUUACUAGCAUAACUAGUGGAAAUGUAGUGCUUGCUAUUUAUGAUUCACAAAGUUCCAAAAAAUAAUAAUAAUAUGUGCAUAGAGUUUUUCAGCCACUGGACUGACUGGGGAUAUGAUCAGCAUUUAGUAAAUGCUGCCUUCUAGAACAGUUAUUCAUCUUUACUGUAGUAUUUCCUUCUAGCUGUCUUGAUUGUUUGUCUUUGGAAUGGAGGUAGGGAGUGUUAAUUCUGUGAUCCAGUCAUGGCCACUGAGUCCUGUGCCAAAUCCUGGCUAGUCACUGAAUCCCUCAAAGUUUUCAGUUGCUCAGCAGGAACCCAUUGCGAUGGGGAGUAUAUCUUAACUAGGGAAAACCACAGACUCAGGAUUAUAGCUGAAACAAAUCACUUGGCUUAUUAGUGGACAAAGCUGAAUGGUAUUAUGACAUGGUAAUACGAAAGCUUACAGAAGUUGCAGAAAACACAUAAGGUGGAAUAUUUUAAAAUGAGGCAGCUUAAAGCAACUUGUGCAUAAUUUUAUGUAAAGCAACUUAAUACAAUUGGAUAUGUACAAAAAAUAAUUAUUGGUUUAUAAUUAAACCAUUGAAAUGAAUGAACAUGACUAAGUUAAGACCAUUAAUUUCAGUGGGUCUGCUCUGAGUAAAACUUUGUUGACUACCACUCUUAAGGGCAGGAGUCACCUAACCAUCUCUGUCAGCAGAAGCCCUGUGCAAGGACUUUCACAACAGGUUUUCCUCUCCCCACCUCUUAGGGUCAUUGGGAAAGCCCCCCAGAGCAGUGGCGGGGGAGGGGGGCUCAUUGCAUCUGGUAAGCUGCAGGGAUUGCUCAGACAGAACAAUUAGAAGAGUUCAGCAUUGAAUUCCACCCAUCAGCUCUAAAUUUGUCAGGUAGGCACAAAGUCACUUCUGGCUUUGAUUAUAUAAAAUUAAAACAGAACUGUAACAUUAUCUUGUUUCAUUCAAAGGGAAGAAGAGUUGCAUGAUUGGAAAAUGGGUCUCUCACCUGACAGACGGAAAUUAGGUUUCCCUCCUAUCUCGCCAUCCUACUGCAUGAGAGAUGCUGUCCUUUCCUAUGUGUUUGAUGAUGUCUGGAGUGAAGUCUUGGGCCAUAUGGAGCAAUUAAUCUGUAGACACUGGGAAGGGUCAGUCUCAGGUAAGUUUCAAGGCUAACAUGCAGUGGAUAUCAUUCUCCAAAGUUUUCCCUGCUCACUUCAAAAUGUAGUGUUAAAUACUUAGCAAGCUAUAUUCCGCCCCCGCCCCCCUGCCGAAAUACGCCUUAUGCCUAGAAACAGUUUCAGUCCAGUGAGUCAUAGUUGAAGACUUUUGCAGUUUGCUAUAAAUUGCAUUGGGAAGUCUUAUCCUGUGUGGAUUUUAAUGACCAGAUAUUUUGGUCCACUGACAUGCAGUGAACUCCAUGUAUUCUAGCUCUUUUAAAUGUCUCUGAUUAAAAUCAAAAGAGUAUGAAGCCCAUUUAUGUACUUUUCAAGGAGAUAAAAGCCAGCUUUCUUAAAAUUUUGCUUUAUAAGAAUCCAAAUUGAACAGUGCAUAGUGAUUUAUGUUUGUCCUAUUUCUGGUAGAUGAUGAGAAGAAUGUCAUAACUGUUGAAACAAACCGGACAGAUUCAGGAAGUCCUUUUAUGCAGUUUGAGCCUUUGCCACUGUUAUUACCUCGAAUGCCGCAAACUAAGAUGCCCUCCAUCCCUUCAAAUCUGGUAAGUUUAAGAAGACAGAUCAGGUUGAGACGGUGUUUAGGCAAGGAAAUUCAUCAUGUUAACUUGCCUGAAAAUUAGACAUUGCAAUGGCUUGACUAUAUCUGUCCUUGCAAAACUUUCACUUUAUCACGUACUGUCACAACUCUUAAAAUUCUAUCUACCUUAUUUUGAAAAUAUUUUCUUUCUUUGCGCUUUGAUGAAAUAAGAGGUAUCCAGAGUUAGAGGACUGGUAUGGGAGAUACCAACUCAAUCAUUACCCAGCUUAGUUGGCAACAGAGAGCACUCUUAUUUUGCUGCUUGGAUGUAUAAAGCAUCUCUGUUAAUUACCUUUGUUUUUUAAAAUGUGUACUAGUUCUUGCUCUGCAUACUCUCCAUAAUAAAGAUAAGAACCCAAGGUUUAACUAGUGUUUGAUCCAUUUUAACUCGGUUUCUUUCCUUUUUUAUUUUCCCCCUUUCACUUCCCUGUAUAAUCCUCUGUCUUCCUCAUGUACACCUUAUUGUAUGCAUAGUACUCAAAACACCGAUGUGUCCGCAAAAGCAAAAAGAAGAGAAAAACACCGGAAGUAUGUAUGAUGCAGGGGGUAUAGCUCUUUUCUUUCUCCUACCAGUGUAAUAUGGCGGGUGGAUGAUGAUGAUGAUGAUGAUUUUGCGUUUUCCCAGAUAAUGCAGAACUAUUUUGAGUCAAAAUUCAUUACCACAGAAGUAUUGUACAUUAAUUUCAGCAGAACUUACUUCCAAAUUAGACAGCUUUGGGUCACACUGUUUCUUGGAUUCCUUUGUUAUUAAGGAAGCAAUGGGACAUAUGAUGCAGUGUCUGGGGAAGGGAGAACCUCAUUCACUAGUUUGUUAAGCAAUUUAGUCAAACAUUAAUAAUAUCCCAUCUUAGCAAGUUUAGGCUGAUCCUGAAUAAAUUCAGUAACAAACGUCAAUGAGAUUUGUGCUUACAUUUUUUUAGGAUUAUAGAUUUGGCACCCCAGUACUAAGUAGGACUUUUCCUAGUCCCCCUUUUGACCUUUCAAAAACCUACUCCUAAAGGUCAGCUAACUCUAGAGUGGUAUUAUAUUGCAUUGGAAGUUAUAAGUGAGGGAAGGCUGCAGCGAGCUAUGACAGACACUGUGUAUUUUCAGUACAGAAGCUGCUGUAACCAGAUAUACUUUAGGUGAGAAAAUUCUUACAAGGCUGGGGGAGGCCUGCCACAAAGAAGGGGGGAUUAAGGGACCAUGCCCUUUCUCUUAACCUGAUAAGAGAGGUGGUUGUGAAACACAGUUGUAAGCCCAGCUGACUUACUGAUGCUCAAGUUUGAUUUCUCUGCCGUUGGGUCAGGAUGUGGCUACCAAUAUGUGCAGCAGGGACCAGUUCAGCAGUUGAGAACAGCAAGUGCCCCCUCUCCCUGUUUCCUAAGAUUUACCUCAAGAUAAUGCAUGCUUUGUCAACAAUGAGAAUUUCAGCAGUCGUACACGUGUAGCUGGUGACAAGGGCCACUGAAAUUAAUCUAUCAUGCAGUCAUGCAGAUGUACAAGGACUGAGUAGUUAGUUGGUAGCAUAUACACAAAGUAGAAAUCUAACUAUGUUUGUUUAUGCGUGUGACGUAAACAUUCUUUUCUCUGCUGAAAGUAUUUCAUCCAGAUUAAUUUAUGCUAAGCUUAAACAAUUUAAUUAUCUUGGUUACGAAGCCAUGUUAUAUAAUAAAUAGUGUGUAAUUUAAAAAGAUAUAAGAACUGCUUAUAAGACCAUUAAUGCCUUGUUACGUGUUACUUAUGAACAAAUUGAGGGUAUGCACUGCUUUUCUUGAGUCCAUUGACAUUUACUCUUUUCCAAUCCUUUUUUCAGUAAGAGCCGAGAUUGGAAAUUAACAAAUGCAUAUCUUUCAUUUAAUGCUGAGGGCAAAUUUAAUUUCUUGUAACCUGCAGGCAAAUCUCUCACAAGGAACGAGCGGUGGUCCACAACGUAAUUUGAAUGGUUUGAUGGUUAUUCAUGGCAUCCCCUUACACCAAAGGAACUUGCCUCUGAUGGAUAAAAUAUUGUAAGAGUAGCCAUCUUUUAUUUGUUGUGUAUGAAAGCUGCCCUGCGAGUUAGAGAUAUAAGGAAGCAGUAGUGUUGGGAUUCAAGUUUUUCUAAGUUUAUAUUGACUUUUAAACUCCUUCUUCCUCUGUGCACCCACAGCUGUGGAGGAACCAUUGAAUGCUUCUACUCUAGUCCAUUUUGGCUUGUCUAAAACUGAGCUAGGCUAAAGAACAAACUAGCUCAGGUUACUAUCAAAACCCCCACAUAGAAAUCAAUUACACCUCUCAACAUGCACAAGAUGUAAAAUUCAUACUUAAUAUGCUAGUGGAUUUGCUCAGUCUAGUGGCUCCUACAGCACAAUAGGUUUUUAGCAUCCCCUUUUCAUUGAAAUGCAAAUGCUAAGGGUAAUAAUGUUAGGAUGGAAUCUGUUUUCCUUGCACAUGUUUAAAAACUCAUUUUAUACUGUGCCUUUCUUCUGUCAUGGAGCCAAAGGUGGUGGACUUGUGGUUCACACACCCAGGCAUGAACUGAACCUGCUUAGCUUUGACCUCAUGUGCCUUCAGACCAUCUUACCGGGAUACACAUGGGCUUUAUAGAGCAGAAUAGCUGUGCAGUAGCUGCCUUUGUAGUGGUAUUGUGCCUCGUUAAUUGAUGCGGAUGGUGCAAUCUCAGUUUAUGAAUAUUUCAUUUUGCCUCUAUGCUUUCCCCCACUUGGUGCCAGAGACUUGGAUGACAGAUUGCUUAUGAGGCCAGGCUCCACUUCUAUCCUGUCAACCAGAGCUCGGCCAAAUCGCCCACUUGAGCUCAGUACAUCUUCUCUGUCCUAUUCUGCACAGUCUGCUAGAAGGCGCAACCCUCCACCACGUACUCUGCACCCCAUCAACACGAGCCAUUCUCGCUCAGGGACACCGAGAUCCAUGGAGGAUGUCAUCAGGGGAACACGGCUGUAGGUUGAUACGUACUUCUGGCUUAAAUCUCUGCCUUUUGAAAUGUUCAGCGUGACAGGAUCAGAUCUUAUGGAUGUCGAGGGUGGGGUGGGUGAAACAGGCAGUCGGAUAACUAAUAUUUGUUAUCUAAUCUGUUCUAUUUUGCAAAAGGAGACACUAGACACUGCCUGUGAAAAUUGUGACUGUGUUCUGAGCUGUUCUUUUGUAAGAUUUCAUGUAUGAGCUGAAGCCUUUCCUGGUUAUCACUUUAUUUGUGCAGUUAUUAUUUGAUGUUGGGACGGGGGAGGUGCUGUGGUGUAAACCACUGAGCCUUGGGCUUGCCAAUUGGAAGGUCGGCGGUUCAAAUCCCCACAACGGAGUGAGCUCCCGUUGUUCGGUCCCAACUCCUGCCAACCUAGCAGUUCGAAAGCACGUCAAAGUGCAAGUAGAUAAAUAGGUACCACUCCGGCAGGAAUGUAAAUGCCGUUUUCGUGCGCUGCUCUGGUUUCACCAGAAGCAGCUUAGUCAUGCUGGCCAAAUGACCUGGAAAAACUGUCUGCAGACAAACGUCGGCUCCCUCGGCCAGUAAAGCGAGAUGAGUGCCGCAACUCCAGAGUCAUUCUCGACUGGGCUUAACUGUCAGGGGUCCUUUACCUUUACCUUUUUAUUAUUUGAUGAUGUAGAGAAUCAAAACAUCCGCUUCUCCAGCUUAUACCUCUUCUGUAGGGAAUCACCAUUUCCCUAUCACCCAAGUCACGAUAGACUGUUGCAAGGAAAAUGCAGACUUUCUCCAGCAAUAGAGUACAGUGGUACCUUGGUUCUCAAACUUAAUCCGUUUUGGGAGUCUGUUCGACUCCCGAAACUGUUCAAAAACCAAGGCACGGCUUCCGAUUGUCUGCAAGAGCUUCCUGCACUCAAUUGGAAACCUCCUUUUGGACAUUCAGCUUCUGAAAAACAUUCAAAAACAAGAACAUUUACUUCUGGGUUUGCGGAGUUUUGGAGCCGAUUUAUUCGACUACUAAGCCGAUUGGGAACCAAGGUACCACUGUACUACAUAAAAUGUGGCUGCUUAUUAUAGCCAUCUGAAAGAUAGUGCCCAUUAUAUCUUUAGUGCUGGGCAACACAAUUCCCCUUCCGAUCCAGUUCUUCACAUCUGUGCUAUUUUAUGAUCUACUAUUUUUGAGGUAAAGCAUUUCACCAUUGUCCUGCUCAAGAGCAGGAAUGUUUAUGAAACCCUUUAAAAUAAGGACAAGAAGGGUAACUAUUGAGUGGAACCUCUACUUUACAUAAGCCUUUAAAAUGUAUUCUUCUUUAAAAACACACAGGUUUGUGGAGGCUCUGUUCCUCUGGGGCAUGGUACAUUUUUCAAAAGCCGCAGAGGGACCUUUAUUUAUUAAAUUUAUAUAUCCUACCCUUCCUCCCAAAGGAGCCCAGGAACAGCACUUCCACCUCCAGAGCGAGUUUAUCCUGCAUGCAUUGCAUGUGGAUAGCCACACUAUGCCAUUAAUGCUGAAUGAGGACUAGCACCAGUAUACCAUUAAGAACAGAAUCUGCAAUAGUUUCAGUUCUUUGUAAACACAUACAGUGGUGCCCCGCAAGACGAAUGCCUCGCAAGACGGAAAACUCGCUAGACGAAAGAGUUUUCCGUUUUGGAGGUGCUUCGCAAAACGAAUCUGCUAUGGGCUUGCUUCGCAAGACGAAAAUGUCUUGCGAGUUCCUGCGUUUUUUCCCUCCCCCCCCUUUUUCUAAGCCGCUAAGCCGCUUAUCUGAUUAUCCGAUAAGCUGAUAAGCCGCUAAUAGCUCUAAUAGCGCUAAUCCGCUAAUCCGUCAAUGGGCUUGCUUCGCAAGACGAAAAAACCGCUAGACGAAGAGACUCACAGAACGGAUUCUUUUCGUCUUGCGAGGCACCACUGUAUUUGAUUCUCUCUCCGCAGUCCUUCUGUUCUUGUUGUUUACUUGGAAGUUUUUUUUUUCUUUUCAUUUUUACGUGUGACCUAUUCUAUUUUUUUUAAAUUAAUAUUUAUUACUUUUCCAACAAUUUAAACACUACAAAAACAAUACAGUACAAAAACACUACAUAACAUAAACACAUUAAACUAACAAAGCAAAACAAAAACAGUUUAAAAUAAAUCAAACAAUUUCAAUAUCUUAUCUUUCAUUCACUUAUUUCCACGACCUCCUCACACCUCCCUUUGUGUAUUCCACUUCAGUUAAUUGUUUCAGCAAUUCUUUUCCAUCUUCCUCUGUUUUCUAUCCUAUAAUUAUCUUAACACAUUCUAACCUUAUUUUUUCCUUUAAUACUCUAUUAAUCUAUUUAUACUUAAUUCCUUAUAACAUUUCUACUAAAGCCAUAUAAUUUCAUUCCAACAUUUUUCUAACAUUCAUUAAUUUUACAAUAUUUCUGUAAAUAGUCUAUAAACUUUUUCCAGUCUUCUUCCACCAACUCUUCUCCCUGGUCUCGGAUUCUGCCAGUCAUUUCCGCCAAUUCCAUAUAGUCCAUCAACUUCAUCUGCCAUUCUUCCAAAGUGGGUAGAUCUUGUGUCUUCCAAUACUUUGCAAUAAGUAUUCUUGCUGCUGUUGUAGCAUACAUAAAAAAAGUUCUGUCCUUCUUUGGCACCAAUUGGCCGACCAUGCCCAGGAGAAAGGCCUCGCUUUCUUCAAGCAGGUAUAUUUAAGUACCUUUUUCAUUUCAUUAUAAAUCAUCUCCCAGUAUGUCUUCAUCCUUGGGCAUGUCCACCAAAGGUGAAAGAAUGUACCUUCAGUCUCAUUACAUUUCCAACAUUUAUUGUCGGGCAAAUGGUAGAUUUUUGCAAGCUUGACUGGUGUCAUGUACCACCUAUAAAUCAUUUUCAUUAAAUUUUCUCUUAAGGCAUUACAUGCCGUGAAUUUCAUACCUGUGGUCCAUAACUGUUCCCAGUCAGCCAUCAUUAUAUUAUGUCCAACAUCCUGUGCCCAUUUAAUCAUAGCUGAUUUCACCGUUUCAUCCUGAGUGUUCCAUUUCAACAGCAAGUUAUACAUUCUUGACAAAUUCUUGAUUUUUGGAUCUAACAGUUCUGUUUCCAAUUUUGAUUUUCCACCUGGAAACCAACUUUUUUGUCCAAAUUGUAUGCCUCCAUUAUUUGGUAAUAAUGGAGCCAAUCUCGCACUUUAUUUUUCAAUUUUUCAAAACUCUGCAAUUUUAGUCUGUCUCCAUCUUGUUCCAGAAUUUCCCAAUAUUUCGGCCAUUUGGCCUCCAUAUUGAGUUUUUUCUGUGCCUUCGCUUCCAUUGGUGACACCCAUCUUGGGGUUUUCUUUUCUAGCAAAUCUUUAUAUCUUAUCCAAACAUUAAACAAUGCUUUUCUAACUAUAUGAUUUUUAAACGCUUUAUGUACUUUUACCUUAUCGUACCACAAAUAUGCAUGCCAGCCAAAUGCAUUAUUGAAACCUUCUAGGUUUACUUGAAAGUUUAGAGUUUUGUCUCUUCGGGAAAUUUCCCCUCGCCCCCUUUUAUGGUAGCAGAUAAGUUUAGAGUUGCAUCAUGCUCCCUUGGCUGUUGGCUUUUAGUCUUUGUUUCGUUGUGUUCUUUGAUUUUGUGAAGCUGUUUUAUUUGUUCAUUGCUCAAAGAACAUUGUUACAGAGUGGCUCAUAAAUAUAAUGGACAAAUAUUACAGAAGCUCUGCCACAGAGGGGUGCUUGCUGAGCAGUGAGAGGGCCAAGUUAUAGGCAGAACAAGGAUUUCCUUUGAGUCCAGUAUAAAAUUGAGAGGCAGUAUAGCGGUGCUGAAAGAGAUUGGCUACUUGAGCUUGGACCAGUUGCACCUACUGUGUAUUUUCCAUUCUACAGCCCCAGGUAGAGAGCCCUGCAGUAUUCAUCCCACAAGGUAACCAAGGUAUAGACCUAGAAGAAGUAAAUGUGACCACAGUUGAAACUUGGACACAAGAUGGAUUGGUCCCAAAGUGUGCCCCACCUACACAAUCAAUGGACAGGUGCUGACAACUAAAGAGGUUGAUACAGAAUCUGCAAAAAGCUUCCCUUUGCCCUCAAGCAUCUGUCUUACUUGAGUUGAGUUUAACACAACUUGUCUCAUCCAUUUCAGUCAUAUAUCAAGAUGCAUAUUAUGUCAGACACUUAGCUUCACUGUGUGAUGAUAUCUGCUUCAGAUGCUAGUAAAAGCUUGCCUUGUUCCAUUGGUAUGUUUCUUGUAUUUCAGCUCACACAUAUCACUCUCUUCUCUCGUGAUUGAAUAAUGGAUGGCAAGCGAGUAUUUUGCCUCAAUCCAUUCCUGAAGUCUAAGCCUUUGAUAAGACUUAUUAGGCUAUCAUUGCAGGUACAUGUUAAGCUUGAGGCAAAUCCGUCCGUUAGGUCACGUUGGCCAUUGAUUUUUAGAGGUAAAAGAGAAGCAGCGUUUUGAAAGGACUCAACAAGGAAGGCAUUUCAUAGACUGAAAGCAGUCCUGAAAUUGUGUUGCAGUUAAUUGCGAUGAAAUAAUUUAAAUAAAUCAGCUUUGAAGGGUGCCAGGUUACCUGUGGAAGACAGUUAUUUUCCUCCUUUAGCCUUAAACUAGGAAAAGUGUUGAAGCUUGAAAUAGCUGCAAUCACUUUGUAUUCCUCACUGGUGAUGGUUCAGUAUUGGAGAGAAAUGUCUACAAAAUGCAUGCCGAUUCCUCCAUUUCUCAUCUCUGCUGGAGUUUCUCCCAACGUGGAGCUCACCAUUUAAGCCACAAUCUCAUCGACUCUCCACACUGAAACCCAGUAUUUUUCAUCAACUUGCAUGGACACUUCUUUUUGUUAUUUACCUUGAAUUCACAUCAGUCUUGUAAUUUCCAGUGCAAAUGUUGUUUUUAGUAAUUGUCAUUGGUCUUUUCCAGGUCCACUGCAAAUGAGCAACUGUCAUCACCUUCCCCAAUGCCACUGAGCAGAAAUAACCUUCUGCCUCCAAUUAGUACUGUAGAUAUAGCAGAUCAUUUGGGAUCUCAAAAGCAAAUGGUAAGCCACCUCUUCUGUUGAAACAAUUCUGGUCUUAGAAUGACAGGGGAUUCUUCAAGCCUCGCCUUGUGGUCCUUACUGUAAGAUAGUAAGAAUCGGUUUUUGUUUUGUUUUGUUUGAAUGAAUGUUUAUGAUUUACAAGAGAAAAUUAUAAAAAUAAUUGUUGUGCGUUUUUUAAAACUAAAACCCACACCAACCCUCAAAGCAACUAUUAAUUCUUAAGUAGUUAUAUCUAAUUUCUGGGUUGUGAGUGAUCUGUUUUUACUUCUUGAGACUAUCAACCUUGAAGCAGAAUGCUUCAUGCAGUGUGUUUACCAGGAGAGUGAAAAGGUUCGUCUCUCUCUGUUAUUCAUCAGAUUAAUCAACUGCACCACUGUCUGUUACUGCCUUAAUGCAGAGGGUGUGAUACCAGUAUUUCCAAGCUUUUGCAUUUCUUUUAGUGUAAAUUUGUAUCUAAAACCCAUGGCUUUUUUCUCUUCACCAUGCAGAAAUCUCGGGGGAAUGCUAGCCGGGCUCGCAGUGCAAUAGCAGAUGAAAUUAACCAUCAACCAGUGCAUGAGAGGUUUUUAUUACCUGAUAGUUUCUCCAGGCCCAACACAUCGCAUGCAUUUUGGGUAAGGUGUGUUCAAAUUACAUUCAAACCUGGAAAGAGUAGCUAUUCAUCUUGCCAUUAUCUGUGGCCAGUAUCAAAAUCCAUAGGCCUAUGCUUGCAGGUUUCCCUGUUAUUUUAAGUGUGGGUACAAAAUCCUUCGGCACUCAAUGGUAGAUUUUAAGGAAAUGAAUUAGGAUCUGCACAGGUCCCUUCUAAUUGUCCCAGGUUGUGUGGCUCCCACAUGAAUAUUAAUUAAUUUAUAGAACACCAUUGCGUGCAUGUAACUUGACAAAUUCCUAUGACAAGGACUUCCCAUCUAAAAUAGGCAGAGGGAAACAAGAGGAAGCAAGGAAUGGAAACAUGGGUAGGUCGGCAGAGGUAGAAAAUGGGAUUGCUUCAGUUCCAUGUACCUUGGCUUAGUUUCAGGACUAUGGGGGAGAAGGAAAAGAGAAACAAAUAUGUGUGUGUGUGUUUGUUUGUUUGUGUGUGUGUGACUGACUUCCCCCUGAGAAUAGAUAUGAGAGCCUUCAGAGUGGCUUUCAGAUUCAUGAUAGUAGCUUUACACAAUGAUUACUCUCUGCCUCUCAGUAUGUGGAAGCAGCAACAUACCAAGACAUUACACCCUCUCUCUCCAUGCUUAAGUUACUUGAGAUUUCGAGAAACUUUAUAGUGCAGAGAAGGAAGAGUAGAUGGGGAUGUGGAAAGAGUACAGCCUGUUCCCCAUAAAGUGCUGCUCGGCUUUGGGGUAGGGAAGAACCAGACAUGGGGAAGGAUUGUGUGCUUUGAGUAUUUUGAUUUUGCAAUAGCCUGAUCCAAAACAUGGUACCUCUAGUGGUGCAAUGGGUCAGUGCAUCUGGUUGGUGGUGGCUGAAGUCUACCCAGGACCAGCUGGGGGCAGGAUUCUUUCAUUGUAUGGGGUUGGACUAAUUGAUCCUCAGGCUCCCUUCCAACUCUAUGAUUCUUUAACUUUUUUUUUUUGCACUUUUAGCCAGACUCGCAGUAUCGUCGCUCUUGCACUGUUAUUGAUUAUGCUAAUCAACCACGAAAUAGUAAAGGAUCUGCUGGCACAGGUACGUGCAAAGUGGAGCAUGUAUUGCUUAAAAUGGCUUUGGUACGCUAACUAUAUUAAUAAUAUGCCACAGUUUAAGAUUGAAAUCUCGUAUUACAUUGCAGAUGCUAUAAAUGUUGGAGUGAUGGGAGUCAGUUUAGGGAUAUCCAGCUCUUCCUAUAUUAAUUCCUUCCACCACCAGGCUCUUGGUAAUUUUCUGAAUGAGGACGAGGAGGACAAAGAAGACCAACCUCCGCUGGGUAAGGAGUAAGAGGCAACCGAUGCCCUUUAUUUGGUUGCAAAUCAUAAAAUACUUAGCAUUCUCUUUGAAGUUGUUGGCCAUUUUGUCAAACGUGUAAUUUUGCACCUGGAAUAGUGCAUUUAGGUUAUAUUCCUGUCGUUUCUGCUGUCGAGUAUACAAACCAGGGUUCCAGCUAUGUUCUUUCAGUCUAACCAAGUACCCAUGGCUCACGCCCUCAUACAUGACAGCCACGGAAGUCUUCCAGGUUCACACUUCUUCAGCCCUACAAAUGUGAAUUUCACAUUCCAAAUGUAUAUUAAUAGACAGUGCCUUUUGAUAGCGGUAGCUUUGAAUUGAGGCUGAAAUUGAUAUAGGGCUUCCAUGUCUUUUCAAAUACUUGUAUGGAAAGAUGAAGCUUCUUCGAUCACACCCCAUGUGAAGGAGCUGUGCUUGCUGUUUUAAAGACACAGAAGUCUUGUUCUGUAUUUUAAUCCAGCAAUAUGAACCAAAUUUAGGGCAGAGCAUUGUUAAUUUUCUUUUCCAAUUGAGGUCUAGUACCUCCAUUGCAGGAGUAGGGGGGUUGCUAUUCUCCUGGUGACUUUGAUGCCUUUUGGGUAAUGUUGAGAUUACAUGGGGUGGACUGAUGAUGUGGCUAUUUCCUGUGCCAGGCUCUCUGUACUGCUGAAGGAUGUCAUUACUGUCAUUGGUCCCUCUCAUCACAAUGUUGUAAAGGAAGCCACAUGAGAACUCCUGAAAAGCAACUAUACCCUUGUAUAAAGUGGGCCUGAGAGCAAACUCAAAUGGUACAGUCUUUUCACAUGCCUGGGGCAUCUUAGAAUGCAUCCCAGUCAAAAUUUGUUUGGAAACGUACGUGUCAUUGAGGGCCCCAUAUGCAUUAUGAUGUACACUGGCACGAGAGGAUCACACCACAAAAGCAUUUGCUGUUCUGAAUCAUCAACAGGUUUAUUGUGGCAUGAACACUUGUGGUCAUAAUUUUGGGUUGUAUCCAGUGAUGUGCCAGCAGGGUGGCACUUGUACAGUGGGACUUAGGUUUCCUCUCCUUCCCCAGCAUGCCCCCCCCAAUCUCCCCUGGAGGGUCUCCCAACCCUCUGGAACUGAUUUUGAGUGUGCAUGGGGAGCUGGAGGGGACAGAAGAGGAAGUUCUGUUCUGCAUUUGAAGGCCCCUGCACUAGCAAAGCUGCAGUGCUGGAUACAGCCCAUUACUGCAUGCAUGAAGUUUGCUUUUAGUACCGUUGCUUUCACAGCUUUUAUCUGGUUUUUGCUCAGUAGGUCUUCAGUUACAUGGCUCUGUGAGAACUCACAGCCGAGGUGGAUCGAGAAGCAGACAGGGACUAUAAUGUUGUGGCAAUAAACCAUCUAUUUCCAAGAUGAGGGAAUGCCUGUAGAAGCUUUUACAAUCAGUAUUCAACUGUAGCAAUAUCAAACCUGUUUACAGAAGAAGUCUUAAAACUUUCUUUACAAAAGUCUUAUUUUUGUAUUGACUUAAAACAAAUGCCAAAGACUACAAGGUUCUCUCUUAUUUUUGUUCCUGUAAAUCAGCUAUGGUAUUCUGUUGGGUGCUGAAAGCAUGUGUUCAAGAAAUCUGCUAACCUCUAGUAUUGUUAAUACAAUCUAUUACAAAGAAUGUCUGCCUAAAGAAUUGGGAUUCCUCUAGCAGUGAUAAUGUUGUAACACCAAUUGACUUGCCAGUUAUUGGCACUUGAUGGCAAUAUAUUUAGUAAAAUUAAAUAAGUGUGCUUGGGCACACUUCCAGUAUUUUGUCUUAACUGUAUAAAAUGUUCUGAGUGCCAGUUGUUUGCAUACUUAGAAAAAGCUGCAGGUGAUGAUGUCUGAAAGGUGGCCAAGAUUAAAACUUGGGAGUGCAACAGUUUUGUGUACUACCAUCUAUACUUUCAGUACAUACUUUCCCUUGUUUAAAAUGAAGCAAGAUGUUUGGUACACACAUAAUGUACAGCAGGAAGGUUCAGUUUUAAUGUUCUCUCAUUGGGGAGAGAACACUUUGUUAAGAUGGAAAUAUUUAGAAAAAGCAUUGCCUACAUUGAAUGUUGCAUUUAAUGUCUGCUGUAAUUUUAAUGUAACAUAAAAAAAUAGUUCUAGGUCUUACUAGACAAAGUAAGUGCCAGAUGACAAUUGUAUGAAGUUAUGUAAAUUAAAGAUAGCUUUGCAUUAUAUUCUAGAUACCAUGUGAAAGUUGUAAAAAAACUGGUGGGAACAGAUUCUAAUUAAAUUGUAAUACAGAAUAACUUUUAUAUACAAAUAAAAAAAUAUUUUCUAAAAUGC